AUGGAUAAAGAAAUUGACUAUCUUUUAACAAAAGCUGACUUGAGCAAUUACACAGACAAUUUUAAACAAAUUGGUGUUGCAAAGGUCGAGCAUUUCCUGGACGUCGAUGACGAAACUCUUGAGCGAGACAUUGGACUAACGAAGAUACAAACUCGCCGUCUGAGGCGUUUCUUCGCUCAGAUACAAGGCGAAUCAAAGCAAAGAGGAACAAGCAGUGAAGGUAUUGAGUUAUCGUUUCUUAGAUGAUUAUUUUGAAGGCCUCUAUAAAAUAAUUGGCUUGUGCUUCAAACCAGCCAUGAACAAAAAACGUAAGGCAACAUGGUGCAUAAUUUGUAACGCAAUCCUUAACAAACAUUUAUUAUGUGAUCGGUAGGUGUUACGUCCGCCAGUGCUCCCAAGAAGCGCAAGCAGGCGAUUUUGUCAUUUGGACGCUCCGGGCAACUACAAGUCCUGAGGAACGACUCAGCACCAGAAAAGAAGCCGUGGGAAAAAUAUCUUCUUCCCAACCCACACACAGAAAGGCUGAAAUUCUACAAUAGUGUUGUACCGCAGAUUUAUGAAUCUUCAUUCGUUAGUAAACAAGCCGGUUUCAAACAGUAUCUCCUCGAGCAACAGCAAAUGCGUUGGCAGUUAAACACAAAGAUAAAAGCCCUUUCCGAUAAAGAAAACAACUUG